UUCUUUGAUGGUAUCAGAACUGCUUUGAAGAGUUUCCUUGAAAAACAAAGCUCCCCAGAUUGCAUUCCUGGGGGCUGUCAAAGAAACUGUAAGCCUUUAAUAAGCCCUCCAGCACCUCUGGUAUCUGGAUACUCGGGGGACUUGGAGAAUCCUUACGUCUCUAUUUUUUGGUUUGCCUUUUUCCUGGGACCGCCGGGACGCAGCGAUCCACUUCGAUAUUGAAACUGUGCCAAGGCUAAGGCUUAGGUGGAAACAAAUGGAAUAUAUCCUUGUCACUGACCCGGCUUUGCCAGCAUGCCCCCUCAUCAUCCCAAGUGCCCCUGUGGGCUUCCUCCCACCUGCCUGCCUGCUUCCUUUACAAGAGGCUAAGCCGACACCACGCGAGUGUGUACGCGCUGGGGACGGAGCCACUGAAGCGAAGCCCUGUCGGAGGAGUUUCGGGCGGGAGUGGGAACGGCUGGGCGUGGGGUCAGCAACGGCGCCACCCGGCAGGGUGGGGGGAGCCAGGCUUGUCAGAGCCAGAGCGCGUCACCGUCGCCGCAAGAGACGCCGCGCUGCCCAAUUGGCAGAGGCGCUCCCUAGCAGCCUGGUGGGAGCAGAGAUAUAAAAGUGCUCCAACAAACCCGGAGCUGGCGUGCCGACCGCGGGCUGGUGGCGGACGGCGCGGUGCUCCGGGGGUCCGGGCUCCCUGGCUCCUCGGGACGGCCUUGCAUGCUCUGCGCCCCGCAUCCCUGCUGCGCGCUCCUAGCCCAGCGGGAGGGGACGCCCGGCCCGCAGGCUCCCAGGGGAGGGGUGGCUCCUGCAAAAUGGUCCCUCACCUCUUGCUGCUCUGUCUCCUCCCCUUGGUGCGAGCCACCGAGCCCCACGAGGGCCGGGCCGACGAGCAGAGCCUGGAGGCGGCCCUGGCCGUGCCCAAUGCCUCGCACUUCUUCUCCUGGAACAACUACACCUUCUCCGACUGGCAGAACUUUGUGGGCAGGAGGCGCUACGGUGCGGAGUCCCAGAACCCCACGGUGAAAGCCCUGCUCAUCGUGGCUUACUCCUUCAUCAUUGUCUUCUCACUCUUUGGCAACGUCCUGGUCUGUCAUGUCAUCUUCAAGAACCAGCGAAUGCACUCGGCCACCAGCCUCUUCAUCGUCAACCUGGCAGUUGCCGACAUAAUGAUCACGCUGCUCAACACCCCCUUCACCUUGGUUCGCUUUGUGAACAGCACAUGGAUAUUUGGGAAGGGCAUGUGCCAUGUCAGCCGCUUUGCCCAGUACUGCUCACUGCACGUCUCAGCACUGACGCUGACAGCCAUUGCGGUGGAUCGCCACCAGGUCAUUAUGCAUCCCUUGAAACCCCGGAUCUCAAUCACAAAGGGUAUCAUCUACAUCGCUGUCAUCUGGACCAUGGCUACGUUCUUUUCACUCCCACAUGCUAUCUGCCAGAAAUUAUUUACCUUCAAAUACAGUGAGGACAUUGUGCGCUCCCUCUGCCUGCCAGAUUUCCCUGAGCCAGCUGACCUCUUCUGGAAGUACCUGGACUUGGCCACCUUCAUCCUGCUCUAUAUCCUGCCCCUCCUCAUCAUCUCUGUGGCCUACGCUCGUGUGGCCAGGAAACUGUGGCUGUGUAACAUGAUUGGCGAUGUGACCACGGAGCAGUACCUUGCCCUGCGGCGCAAAAAGAAGAAGACCAUCAAGAUGUUGAUGCUGGUGGUGGUCCUUUUCGCCCUCUGCUGGUUCCCCCUCAACUGCUACGUCCUCCUCCUGUCCAGCAAGGUCAUCCGUACCAACAAUGCCCUCUACUUUGCUUUCCACUGGUUUGCCAUGAGUAGCACCUGCUAUAACCCCUUCAUAUACUGCUGGCUGAACGAGAACUUCAGGAUUGAGCUAAAGGCAUUACUAAGCAUGUGCCAAAGACCUCCCAAGACUCAGGAGGACAGGCCACCCUCCCCGGUUCCUUCCUUCAGGGUGGCCUGGACAGAGAAGAAUGAUGGCCAGAGGGCUCCCCUUGCCAAUAACCUCCUGCCCACCUCCCAACUCCAGUCUGGGAAGACAGACCUGUCAUCUGUGGAACCCAUUGUGACUAUGAGUUAGAGGAGGUUGGGAAGAGGGAGUGGGAGGGGUCUGUCUCUACCUGAGGCAGGGAAAGAGAGCCUAUUCUCACACAUGAUCUUCAGAGUGCUGGAAACACACUCCUGCAGAAGCUGUAGGACUCUUGAAUCCCUUGGAAACUAUCCAGCCUCCUAGCCCCAUGUGAUGUGAAAACUAAAAGGCACCACCAACUAGACAUGUGUUCAUAAAUUCUCAUCUAAGAAACACUGGGAGGCACAGCAGCCUAGAUCUCUGAGGAAGAGGAGCGAGGAUAACUUUGGCCCAGAUGGGGGCUGAAUCAUUCAACUGCCUCCAUCUAUGGGGCAGCUGCUGCCUUACAGCCCUUCCUACUGCUGAGCAUCCCGAAGGGAGACCUAAAUCAUACUUUGGGUGUGGUGACCCAGAUGCACAGAGCUCUGCUUGAAACAGGUACACGGGCCAGGGAAAUGCCAGCAAGCCAGAGCGGGCGUGGAGAUUUUUAUGCCUCACUUUCUGGAGUCACUGGGCCAUGAUGAAUCGUAAGUCUUCAGUGGCCUAGCAAUAUCCAGACAAGAAAGGACAAACUUUGGUUCCUUAAAACAAAGGGAAAUUAUUAUUGCCACUUAGAAAAAUUCAGAAAACACACACACACACACACAUACACACAAACAAAAUCACUCUCUUAUCCCAUCCAUUUGUGAUAACAUCUGUGAACAUGCUGUGGCUCUAUUUGCAAUGUUUUCCUUUGUGUGUGUGACUGUGUGCAUGACCUUUUUUUUUCUUUUUUUUUUUUGAGAUGGAGUCUCACUCUGUCACCCAGGUUGGAGUUCAGUGGCAUGAUCUCGGCUCACUGCAAGCUCUGCCUCCCAGGUUCAUGCCAUUCUCCUGCCUCAGCCUCCCAAGUAGCUGGGACUACAGGCACCCGCCACCAUGCCUGGCUAAUCUUUUGUACUUUUAGUAGAGACGGGGUUUCACCGUGUUAGCCAGGAUGGUCUCGAUCUCCUGACCUCGUGAUCCGCCUGCCUAGGCCUCCCAAAGUGUUGGGAUUACCGGCAUGAGCCACUGCGCCCGGCCCUUUUUUUCAUUUAUACUUUUUCAUUUAGGUUCUAAUGAUUAACAGAAACAGGGGUACCUUUCCCAAGGAUGUCCACCAGAAGAGUUGAAGAAGAGGUGAGAAGAACCCAAGGUGAAGCCUGUCACCACGCAGAGAGAACUGCCCCCUAUUGUAGACAGUGGUGGGAAGGGCCUGGCUCACAUGCCCCUCCUUAGAGGCAGCCUCAAGAUGAACCAGGGAAUCAAACUCAACCAGGAGACAUGAUUGCUUCUCUCCUGCAAUUCCACAAAAACAAGUGGUCAUGAAACAUUGUUCUGUUUUCACAAGAGAUGAAGGAGCAGGCUUUCCAAUAUGCUGGAAGUAAUUGUGCUUAGACACCUCAUCCUCCCAAGCUGUCUAGAAAGGCCAUUUCGCUGUGUUGUCUGAAUAAUGAGGGUUUUGUCACACCAUUUCUCAAAAGGAGAUUCGCUGUCAACAUCAUUUUAGUGGUUCAGGUGUCAAUUUCACUUACAGAAACCUAUGCCUCCUUAAGAAACCUCAAUUUUUAAGGGUCUAACGUGUCAGAGAAAUCUCAUUCCAGGGACUGAUUGUUUUUAAUCACCUUCCGUCUGGUCCUGAGUGACUUACUGUGUCACCCAGAAAAGAGACCUGUCAGGCAGAAUCAAGCUUAAUUCACCUGCUCUAAACAAUUGCUACUGACACACUGCUUUUAGGUUUUCUUCUAGCACCAGAUAAACUCUGAAAACAAAGCAUGGAUAUGAGCUCAGUAGGAAACUAAGGUUUGAGGGAGAGUUUGUCACUUAGACCUCUUGGCUGUUAACUGAAACUGAACUUGGUCACGUCAUCUGUUUCCCUGUAAUGAACUAUGAGGGUUCUUUAUCCUAGUUUCUAUUUAUGAAGAUGGUUGAAAAUUUUCAAGACAAGAUUUUGAAAACUCACUUACUGAAUUGUGGGCAAAACCGUGACUUUCAUUGGGCAGACAGAGUCUUCUAAGCCCACAGGGAUCCCCAGAUGGAUUUUUCAGCACAAAUGCCUCAUGUGCCUGUACUUAUUAUCUCUGUUGUGUGUCAAGAAGUAGCUAACGGUUUCAUCUGAGAGCUGCCAUAGAAAUUCUAUGAACCAGAAUGAGACAAGGCAGCAGGCACACAGAAGGUUUAUCCUGCUCUGGGAAGCAUGGAGGAUGUUGCACUUCACUCCUCUCUGAGGGUGUCUAGGAAUACAGAAGCUCCUUGACUUACAUCUCAAUAAACCCAUUGUAAGUCCAAAAUAUUGGAAGUCAAAAAUGCGUUGAAUAAACCCAACCUACUGAACAUUGUAGCUUAGCCAAGCCUACCUUAAAUGUUCUGAGAACACUUACAUUAGCCUACAGUUGGGAAAAAUCAUUUAACACAAAGCCUAUCUUGUAAUGAAGUAUUGAAUAUCUCAUGUAAUUUAUUGAAUCCUGUACUCAAAGUGAAAACCAGAGUGGUUGUAUGGAUAUGCGAAGUAUGGUUUCUACUGAAUGUGUAUUGCAUUCACAUCAUCAUAAAAUUUUAAAAAAUCCUAAGUUGAACCAUUGUUAGGGACCUUCAGUACUGCCAAGUCCCAAAGAAAACCUUUUUCCUCUGGGGAGCACCCACUGAUGGCUCAUUAGAUCUGUCCCUUCCCCGAGGUCCCUGUGUGCCUUUGAGCAAAAAGUGACUUGUGUUUGUGAAGGUAAAAUUUGUGAAACUUGAGUUUUUCCAACGUGCUGUAAAGUGUUUUAUUGUAAAUUGCUCAUCUCAAUAAAAUUUACUUCAGGUGUGUGGACUGUGCCUCUUGGACUUGCAAUUAUGUCACAACUGGUAACCUUUAAAAUGGGGUCAGCAGGGAUUAGAGGAAGGGAGCAUGAAGAGUAUCUACUCAACCCUGCAUUUUACAG